AUGACACCCACCGAAGUUAUGCCCUGGCCAGCUGUGAGUGUGUGUCAUACCAAAGUCAAGUUUGAGGUCGAGUGCAUGUCGGAACAACUCUUGAAGAUGGUUGAUCAUGUAGUGGGGAUCUUGGACAAAGUCGAGUCGGCUUUGGACAAAGUCAACGCCAUGACGAUCAAGGUCGAAGCGAUUUUGGACAAGGUUGAAACUCCCAAUGGUCAUGGUGCCGGAGUGCCGAAUUCCCCGCCUGUUCCUAGCGGGAUGGCAUGGACCUGCUUUACAGAGCUCCGGGGUGCGAUCAUCACCGCCGCUCACAGGUUGAUCAUCAAAGAGAGCCUGGAGUCUUACACAGCUUUGGAAACUCCUGACCGGGACUGGUUGGCUCACUCGUACUUCAAUUGUAUCAAGACCGCUGUUCGCCAAAGUGGGGCGGUUACCCAAUUUUUGCCACUGCAGGUCAACGGUGUCAGUGAUGUCACCGCGACUAGGACCUACAACUCGGAGAUCAAGAAUGUCGCCAAACAUGUGCGCGAGCGCCUGCACUUGCUGCUCUUGACCAGGAUUUACGAUCCAAAAAACCCUGUCAUUCAUGGUGCCGUUCCCAACCUCAAGGCUCUCGUUCAUCGAAUUGCCAUUAAAUUGGGACAAAAUGGAGACCAUAGUGACAUCAAUACAGUAUGGGCCAGUACCAGCGAGCUCGCGCGCUGCCGCUUUGCUUACCUCCGUCGAGAGGCCGUUCGCAUAUAUCAAGUUGGACGAGGGUCGAGUUCAAUUUGGGCCGCGGUGGACCGCCAGCUCAAUGAACUACGUGCCCGAGGCCAUGAUUUUACAGCCUCUUUCUACAACAUAAUCUAUGAUGAUGACCGUUCAGCUUUUGAUGGCCAAAAUGUUUUUCAAGACAUAACCCAAAAUCUUUCCUUUCAAUUACCUUUUGAACACGACGUAAUGGCGGGCGUUGCGGCAGCUCAAGAGGAUGAAAUGGAACAAUGA